CGUUUGUCGCUUGGCCGAAAAUGCCAGCACUCAAAAUUUAGAGUCCCUAGUUGUCAUUAAAAAUCAAGUUGGCAGCAACGCUGCAGCGGUCACACUGGCCAGCAUAAUAAUUUUCGUUUUACUAUUUUGAUGGUCGAAAAUCCUAACUAUUAGUAAGAAAUGUUGCGCAGAGGCUUUUUAUCUGGCAUCAGACCAACCCAAUGGAGCCGCCAAAUGUCGGUGCUGGCCAAAUCCCUGAAGUACACACAGCACGGCGAGCCACAAGAGGUGCUGCAACUGGUGGAGGACCAACUUCCCGAUCCCAAGGACAAUCAAGUGCUGGUGAAGAUUCUUGCGGCUCCCAUUAACCCGGCGGACAUAAACACCAUCCAGGGUAAAUACCCGGUGAAGCCCAAGUUCCCAGCAGUUGGAGGCAAUGAGUGUGUGGCGGAGGUCAUUUGCGUGGGCGACAAAGUCAAAGGCUUGGAGGCGGGGCAGCACGUCAUUCCCUUGGCCAGUGGUCUGGGCACUUGGACCACGCAUGCCGUCUACAAGGAGGAUCAGCUGUUGAUCGUGUCCAAGAAAGUCGGCUUGGCGGAGGCCGCCACCUCGACAGUGAAUCCCACCACUGCCUACCGGAUGCUUAAGGACUUUGUGCAGCUUUGUCCGGGUGACACGGUCAUCCAAAACGGCGCUAACAGCGCCGUCGGCCAGGCAGUGCACCAAUUGUGCCGAGCCUGGGGCAUCAAUAGCAUUGGCAUUGUACGUGACCGACCAGAGAUUGCCGAACUGAAGCAAAUGCUGCAGUGCCUGGGAGCCACCGAGGUCCUAACCGAGGCCGAAAUUCGCACCAGUGACAUCUUCAAAUCGGGCAAGUUAAAGAAGCCCCGCCUGGCCUUCAAUUGUGUGGGCGGAAAAAGCGCCACGGAGGUGUCGCGCCAUCUAGACAAUGGUGGUGUACUGGUCACAUACGGCGGAAUGUCCCGUGAACCCGUCACCGUGGCCACCGGUCCUCUAAUUUUCAAGGACAUUGCAUUUAGAGGCUUCUGGAUGACUCGCUGGUCCAAGGAGAACUACAGCUCGCCAGAACGUUCGAACAUGUUUAAGGAGAUCUUCGAGCUGAUGGAGCAAGGAAAAUUCGUGGCCCCUAACCAUGAGAUGGUGCCCUUGGCUAAAUUUAAAGACGCAGCGGCUGCUGCCUUGAACUUCAAGGGAUUCACUGGCAAGAAGUACAUAUUGGACAUGAGCAUUUAGAUGCGUAACUUGAGGCUGAGCCUGCUGUUUAUUUACAUGUACGAAUUGUGUAUUAAAAUUGUUAUCUACUGUGAUACAUUUUAGGCCAUCUCCA